CAAUCAUCACCAGCAGGACCCCAAAUGGCCACGAAGCAAGCCUUCAAGCGACUCACAAAGGAGUAUCAGACCAUCCAGGCAAACCCGCCUCCGUUCAUCAUCGCCCGCCCCCUGGAGAGCGAUAUCCUUGAAUGGCACUAUGUCAUCACCGGUCCCAAGGGCAGCCCGUAUGAAGGAGAGUACCACGGCAAGCUCAUCUUUCCGAGCGAUUACCCCUUCAAGCCCCCGGCUAUCAAGAUGGUCACCCCCAAUGGUCGCUUCGAGGUGAACAUGAAGCUUUGUCUGUCGAUGAGUGACUACCACCCCUCAACUUGGAAUCCAGCCUGGUCUGUCUCCACCAUUCUCACGGGACUGCUAAGCUUCAUGCUCGAGAACGAGUCCACCACCGGCAGCAUCCGGACCACAGCCGAAGAGAAGCGUCGGCUUGCAAAGAGCUCCCACGCCUUUAACAGAGCCAACCACAAGUUCAGAGAGGUUUUUCCUGAGCUGGCGGCCAAAACUGUCGAGCAGCAGUCGCCACCACCUCCAGAGUCUGCCGUUCGGCUGCGGACGACUGCCUCCAAGCCGACUGCGGAUGACGCCAAGGCUGAGAUAGCACCCACUGUCGCAGCUCCCGAGAGAGGACUCGCUCAAAUGGCCUGGGACAGCGUGCGAUCCAACAUCCUCCGGCUGAUAUUCGGCGGUCUCGUCAUGUACAUUGUGAUUCUCAAAGUCAUGACUCGCUUGGCUCAGUAACCCGUACCGCCCUCUCGCUCGGGCCACUUGCGGCCGCUGUGUUGGAAUCGUCCGGCAACUCCCACCCUAAUUUAUUCCUCGAUGACGGCGCUUGGACGGCUUCCCUUCUCCCACUUUCGUUGGUGGCACUGGUGUCCUUCGAUAGACUCGGUUUCC